AUGAUAUCUACCCUGCGAUUGAGUACCCCAUGGGCCCCUGCUGUUCUUGGUCGUAUCGCCUCAACCUUCGGGGCUCAGCUACGUUCCUGCACCUCUGCUGCUGCCACGGUCACUAUGAAGCGUCCUCCUCCUCCACCACCACCGACCCCUAAGGUCCCUUCCCGUAACGAGACCGCUGGCCAGGACGACUGGUUCAGCAACGCGAGAUCAGAUUCGCGUAGCACGAGUAGAUUCGAUGGUGCUGAGAGGGACGUGGUGGAGGUAGGAGUAGCCCCUCGAGAUGCUAUGACUGUUUGCUCCCCAGCUUACUCUCGUGGAAAUGGUGUUAGUGACACCGAGGCAUUUGCUGGUAGUGGCCUACAGCCUAUAAACUGGCAGGGUGAGGCGUUGACGCCAUUCACUAAGAAUUUUUACAAGGAGCAUCCGGAUGUAGCAGCGUUCACUGAUGAGGACUGUGCUGCCUUCCUGGCCGAGGCUGACAUCACGGUCCAAGGCACGCCUCCUAUCCCCAAGCCAAUUAGAACGUUCGAGCAGGGCCAGUUCCCCGAGGUGCUGAUGAAGGAGUUCGAAAAGGCAGGCUACACUGAGCCCACCAACAUCCAGAAGAUCGGCUGGCCGGUGGCCCUCUCUGGCAGGGACAUGGUUGGUGUAGCGCAGACAGGCAGCGGCAAGACGGUUGCCUUUAUGCUACCGGCUAUUAUACACGUGAACGCCCAAGCGCCGUUGAAGCAUGGUGAUGGUCCUGUAGUGCUCGUGCUGGUGCCAACGAGAGAGCUGGCCAUGCAGGUCCAGGCUGAGGCUACAAGGUUCGGCAAAAUGGCUGGUUUGAUGAACACGGCUAUCUUUGGUGGAGUGCCGCGCUAUAACCAGGCUAAUGAUCUCCGUCGCGGCGUUGAGAUCUGCAUCGCUACUCCAGGACGACUUCUCGAUUUCCUCGAGACAGGCGUGACCAACCUUAAGAGAGUCACGUAUCUGGUGUUGGAUGAGGCGGACAGGAUGCUGGACAUGGGAUUCGAACCCCAGAUCAGACGUAUAGUGAGCCAGAUCAGGCCGGACAGGCAGACCACCAUGUGGAGCGCUACUUGGCCGAAGGAGGUCCAGUCUAUGGCGAGAGACUUUUGCCGCGAGGAGCCGAUUAGACUUACUGUUGGCAACACUCAGCUGCAGGCUAACCCUGAUGUGAAACAGCGAGUCGAGGUGGUAUCAGAAAUGGACAAGAGACAGAUGUUCUUCGACUGGCUCAAGGAGACAUACCCUAAGGGUAGUCGUAUUAUAGUCUUCACUGAGACGAAGAAGGGUGCGGAUGCAUUGACCAGAGAAAUGAGGUACAACAAUUUCAACGCGGCGUCAAUCCAUGGGGAUAAGGAGCAACGUGAAAGGGACAGAAUACUCAACGACUUCAAAACUGGCCGCUGUAAUGUAUUGGUCGCGACUGAUGUUGCUCAGCGUGGGUUGGACAUAAAGAACGUUGAAUGGGUGGUCAACUACGAUAUGCCUAAGACCGUUGAAGACUAUGUCCAUCGAAUCGGCCGUACAGGAAGGGCCGGUGCUGUGGGUAACUCCCUAACCUUCAUAACGAACGACACGCACACCCCAGAUAGGGUUAGAAUGGCCAAGGAUAUCGUGAAGUGCAUGGAAGACGUGAAACAGACCCCUCCGCAGUCCCUCUAUGACAUGGCAGCUAUUAGCAUUGCCUCGGUCAGGGGCGGUGGCAAUGGGAGUUUCCGAGGCGGCUUUCGUGGUGGUCGGAGAUGAAGUCGCCUCCUAAAAUUUUCCAACAGUUUCAGAGACUUUUUCAUCGUUUCCGUAUUUUCACUGUUAUUUUCAUUAUUGCUGCUGCUGCCGACGUAGUAGACGACCUGUCAUC